CGCAAAUUGUGGCGGCUUAAGAAACGAAAAGAAACUUGGGCAACAAUGCAAGACUGAAUAAAUCUCAGUUAAGAGAAAUAUAUUACAUUAAAUAUUAAAGUGCUUAUAAGAAAAUAGAGAGAGGUGUAUUAGAAACUCUGCGAUCAUGGUGUUGUGGGAGAUUGCACUUGGAACUGCUUAUUUUUUGGGUCUAAAGCGUACUUACAGACACUCUCUAAGGAUUCAACGUAGGCUCAUUACUCGUAAUCACCCUCAGACUCGUCAAUUUCUUCACCGAAGAACGCGUUCUGUAUUUGAUGUGGCAAUCAAAGUUCAUCAGAAAAUUCAAGAAAGGGACACAGAAGUGGGUCGGAAUCUCGGAAACUUAAUGCUGCGAUGGCUUAAUAAAAUGAAACCGUCAGCUCAGAUUCUUGGUGGAUCACCCACCAAUGGUGCUAGCUCAAGCGUAAUGACAAAGCUUCAAGCUGGCUCCUCCAACCUCAAAAGAUCUAGUUACUAUGCUUUAUUCAAGAGCUCCAACCUCGAAAGACCUAGUUACUAUGCUUUAUUCAAGAGGGGAUCGAAUAAUCGGUUAUUUAUGCCAUCAUCAAGUAUAUGGCCAAAGCCUUUCCCCACCAUUGCAAGUAUUUUGCGACCACCAAAUCCUGCUGGGAUGACCACUCAUUAUCGGAACCUCAGUUACUAUCCUCCCGAUGCUUUUCGAUCAAACUACAAUGCUCGUUGGUCAGGCGGUGUUAUUAGGAAGGACAUCCUGCAAUGGUUGAUGCUGCAAAACUAAGGACCAGUUUAUUAUCCACAGAGAAACAGUGACUUAAGACAUAAGUAUUGCAGGUGCUGGAAAAACAAUUGUUGGUGCCAGAAGCUCUUCAUAUUAAUUUCACUAUUCAAAGAAUUCAAAUUUUUUUUCCCGUUUAGUUUCUUUGGACUUUGCUUAGUCUGUUGAGCUUCCUUGUGGAGAAUGAAUUGUGGAACAUUUGUUUGUAGUUUUUGGUUAACAGAACUAGCUAUUGGUAUAUAGCAGAUAAUCAUCCUGUUGAAUAAUAAUAAUGAGCAUUUUGUAUUUUUCUUUUUGUUUCUUUCAAAUAAAUAGUGUGAUCGAAGCUUCUUUAGCUUA